UUUGUUUUUAUUUUGAUUCGAUUGAUAUUGGAACACGGAAGUGGUUUCGUGUGUUGACGGUCGCAUUGCGAAACAUGUCCAAUUGCUUUUUUAUAUCUCUAUAAAAAUGACAAAAUUAUGGUGAACAAUUUGUCGGCUCCUUAGCAAGGAAAGCAGAAACUGAAGAUGGCCUCGAGAGGCGACAAAGGGAAUGGCAAUGGCGAAGAGCAGAUUGUUGAGACUUUAGCUGAGGUGUUCCGCUGCUUCAUUUGUAUGGAGAAGCUGGUGGAUGCACACCUAUGUCCUCACUGCUCGAAGCUGUGCUGCUACGCUUGUGUGCGGCGAUGGCUGACGGAGCAGAGAUCUCAAUGCCCUCACUGUCGAGCUGCCCUACAUCUUCAUGAAUUGGUCAACUGUCGCUGGGUUGAGGAAGUCACCCAACAAAUAGAAACUAUGCAACAGACCAACUCAGCCACUCAACGAGAAAGUUUUAGGGAUAGAUGUCCAACUCACCAAGAGAAGCUAACAGUCUACUGUUGGACGUGUCGGCGGUGCAUCUGCCAUCAAUGUGCUCUAUGGGGCGGCACACACACUGGUCACACAUUCAAACCGUUAGAGGAAGUGUAUGAGCAACAUGUGACGCAGAUAAGAGAUGAGGUGUCGCAGCUUCGACGCCGGCUCAUGGAGCUCAUCAGCCUUGUGCAGGAUGUGGAGCGUAACGUGGAAUCCGUAAGGGCCGCCAAAGACGAACGAGUGCGUGAGAUCAGGAAUGCGGUAGAACUGAUGAUAUCCCGACUGGACUCCGCACUGAAAGCUAAGCUACUGACACUGAUGGGUCAAAAGAAUAGCCUCACCCAGGAGACUGAACAGCUCGAGCAUUUGCUGCAAGAAAUAGAGCAUCAAAUGCAUGCAAGCACACGGUCCGAGCUGAUAGCUAAAAGUGGGGACCUCUCCAAGAUGAUACAUCAGGUCAGAAAGAAACCGAUGGCCAGUUUUGUGACGGCGCCCGUACCGGCCGAUUUCCACAGUGAAAUCGUGCCGAGCUACGACAGCAGCACGUUCCCGCUGACCAACUUCACGCAGCUGCAGCACGCCGCGGCGCCAGUGUACUCCGCGCCGUUGCACGUGAACGGCCUCUGCUGGAGACUGAAGGUGUAUCCCGAUGGCAACGGGGUCGUUAGAGGCAACUACUUAUCAGUGUUUCUGGAACUGAGCGCCGGCCUACCGGAAACGUCUAAGUACGAGUAUCGCGUAGAGAUGCUACACCAGGUGUCUCGGGACCCGUCUAAGAACAUAGUGCGGGAGUUCGCUUCCGACUUCGAAGUGGGCGAGUGCUGGGGCUACAACCGGUUCUUCAGGCUUGAUCUGCUCGCCAGCGAAGGAUACCUCAACCCGGAGACUGAUACGUUGAUACUGAGAUUUCAAGUGCGCCCGCCUACGUUCUAUCAGCGGUGCCGCGACCAGCAGUGGUACAUCAAUCAGCUCAUCACUAUGCAGAACCAACACGUCCUGCAGAUUAAUGAUCUCAAAGAGCGCCUCUCGUUGGAAAUGUCGCGCAACUCGAUAGCAGCGACUCGCGCCACGUCCAAUUCGAGCACGUCGCAGUCCAACGCUGGCGGCGUAGCGGACGCGGACAACCCGCUGCAGAACAAUCCCGUCGACGGAAACACCAUGAGCGACUCGAUCGUCUUCAACAACCAGUGGAAGUUCAACGCGUCCAACAUUAUCAAUAGCCAAAGAUUGACUAGUCCAAGUAUAUUGAAUACGGCGAUGUUUGCGGAGGACAGCCGCAACAACGACGUAUCGUCUCAGGCCGCGGCCGCUUACGCUUACGGCGACUACUCCACGCUGGAGAGGAGAAUGCCUGCGCAUAAUAACGCGUUAGACGCGUAUACAAACCUGCCUUCCACAUCACGGUCGGCGAAUUCCCUACACGUUUCGGGCGCGGACAACAUGGCGCUAGUGAGUCUGCAUACAUUACUGAGCGUCGCCAACGCGCCAACUCGCGUUCCCAGUAAACUGCACUCUGGGAAGCAGUCGAGGAAUGCGGAACACCAUCUGCCUGCUAAGGACGCCACACCUGCUGCUGCUGUAUCUAACGUACCAACAGCGGAAGCCACUCAAGCUUCUACCAAUACGGCUCUCUGUUCCUCGAUGUCAUCGCCUGAAUUGAAUCCUGGAGUACCUUCAGGGGCAAACGUAGGAACGAAACCAGAAAAUGUACCUGAAGCUACUGGGGAGACUCAGGAAAGUCCUAACGGCACCCAAACACUGUACGCGGCUUCCAUCACCAGCAGUGAUACAGGCGAGCUAAUACUCAGCGAGUUGGAGGUUUUCGCCGACGAGAACAAUGCCAGCCACGCCGACGACAACUCCAAUGAGGAAAAUGACGUUGAUGACGAAACUAUGUCCGGUGAGAACGACGUGGAAGGCGCUUGCGGGGGUUGGUCGCGGGGAUCUGGCCGAGGGGCGGGGGCGGUGAGUGGAGGGGGAACAGAUAUAUUGAGCCGCUUGUUGUGCGCGGUGCAGUCGCGCGGCGUCACGCCCGCGGUCACCGACGGCUCGGUCCCGCCGCCUGCGCCGCGACGGGACAGCGAUACCGACCCGCAACUGUCCACUGCGGCCCAUACAGAUAUGCUGCUGUUGAACCUGAUGAGGAUCAACGGACUGACGCCCAAGCAUUCCAGGCACGGAAAACAUAUCAUCCUUUACUUAAUAGUCAACCGCUUGAGUCUGUGCCUGAAUUCAAUCUCUGGAAUCUUCGAUGUGAGACAGAAGGUUUACUUAUAAUGUAACUGCCAGCUGGAGGCAUUACACAGGCAAAAAGAGUUUACACAAGCAGGGAGGCCGUAACGCUACGAGCGUUACAAUACUGACUCGCAGCUGUCCACUGCAGCUCAUACUGAUAUGCUGCUGUUAAACCUUAUGAGGAUCGAAGGACUCACUUCCAAGCAUUCCAAGCACGGUGAGUGGUUUCGAUUCGAGUGUGGGGUGACGAACAUAUUAAGACAGGUGCAUUGUAACUAACUUUUAACAAUAAUCGUAUAUUCCCUAGGCCCGAAGCGGCACUGGACUGCGAGUGCCCUAAGUCCAGACGAGAGACCUUCGGGGUCACAUUCCCACGGAAACGGAACUCGUUCACGCCGCACCACGAACCAAAACGCGCGCGUUAGAAGACUGCCCAAACCUCAGCCACUGUCCCCUGGACAGUUGAGGCGACGACCAGAAAAUACAAGACCUACCAGCAACAGAGGGGGCUUCGGCCUCACCCCGCCCGGCACCCCGGACCGCGGAGCCCUAUCGCCUGUGUCGAGCCUCGCGCUCCACGACUACUGGCCCUCAGUGUCCUCCGUCAGCGACAAUGACGAGGUCGAACUCUAUUUGGACUACAACGACACGCUGUUCGACAUGCUGCUGAACAGUCUGUCUUUAGAAGGGAAUGGGACGGAGGAGGCGAGGCCGUCUACCCCGCCCGUCCAGCCGUGGGGUCCGGCCGCGCCCGCUUCCGCUCCUGCUCCCGCUCCCGCUACCUCUUCAACCAACGCGCCCGCUCCCGCUACCGCUCCGGACAGAGACUGACGGCCCCGCCGCUUGCCGCGCCCGCCGCGCCGGUAUACUACGCGAGAGUACUACCAUUGACCGAUGAAAUAGGAACCUCCAUCGAAGUGAGAUAAUCUCAAUUGGAGAUUUUUUAUGAAUAUCUUUUUGACGGAAUAAAGUGGGGUCGAAUACUUCUCCUGUCGUCUACAAGGCAAAGGAAACGUCUAGGAAAGCGAAAUGAUGCUAGUUGGGUUUUCUCGAUUCGACUUGUUAUUGAACACUGGCCGCGCCCGCUUCCGCUUCCGUUCCCGCUCCCGCUGCCUCUUCAACCAAUGCGCCCGUUCCCGCUACCGCUUCGGACAGAGACUGACGGCCCCGCCGCUUGCCGCGCCCGCCGCGCCGGUAUACUACGAGAGAGUAUUACCAUUGCCCGACGUAAGAAAGUUGAGAAGAAAUAGGAACCUCCAUCGUUGGAGAUUUUUUUAUGAAUAUCUUUUUGACGGAAUAAAGUGGGGUCGAAUACUUCUCCUGUCGUCUACAAGGCGAAAGAAACGUCUAGGAAAGCGAAAUGAUGCUAGCUGGGUUUUCUCGAUUCGACUUGUUAUUGAUCACCGGCCGCUCCCGCUUCCGCUCCCGCUACCUCUUCAACAAACGCGCCCGCUCUCGCUCCGGACAGAGACUGACGGCCCCACCGCUAUACUACGCGAGAGUACUACCAUUGAUCGCCGCACGAAAGUUGAGAAGAGUCAAGAACCUCCAUAAUCUGUGUUGAAGAAUUUUUUAAGAAUAUCUUUUUGACGGAAUAAUGUGGGGUCGAAUACUUCUCCUGACAUAAAAGAAAUGUCUAGGAAAGCGAUAUGAUGCUAGCUGGGUUUUCUCGACUUGUUAUUGAUCACCGGCCGGUCCCGCUACCGCUUCAACGACCGCUCCCGCUCUCGCUACCGCUCCUGACAGAGACUGAUGGCCGGUAUACUACGCGCGAGUACUACCAUUUACCAACGAAACAACCUCUCUAAAGAAGACUUUAAUCGCAAAUAAGUGAGGUUGAGGAAUAUCUUUUUGGUGGUACAAAGUGGGGUCGAAUACGACUAACAUGGCGAUACCCUAACGAAAAACUAGAAGGCAUUAGAACCGCUAUCGCAUUGAGGUAAUCUCAAUUGGAUAUUUUUUUAAUGAUUGACUUUUUGAUGGUACUAGUUGGGUUCGAAUGACCGACGAGGCGAAACCCUACCCAUCCAACGAAAACGUAGAAGACAUAAACACCUCCAUAGGUAAGGUAAAAAAAGUGUAGGAGAUUUCUUUCUGAAGUAAGAGAGGUAAUUAAUCGAACAUCCUUUUGAUGGAAGAAACUGGGUUCGUAUACUGAUGUUUAUAAGGCGAAAUAAACGUAUGGGAAAGCUAAAUGAAGUUAGUUGGGUUUUCUCGAUUUGAGUCGUACUUGGGGUUAGAGUACAGAUAACGCAAUAUGUCAAAAUACUGCAUAGUGGCUUCCUUUUUAGCGUUCAGUUUGGAGUAGAUAAAAGGACAUCUAAGGAUUUGCAGUCGCCGAUAAGUCCACAUAAUAUAGCUAUUUGACACUAUAAUAACCCAAAAAAAAAGAUAUAAAAACGAUAAAGAUAUAAAAAAGAAAUGAUUUGUUAAACGAAUUAUUUGAAGCUCAAAGACUGAAAAUCUGUUUUGAUGCCUCGUAAAGUUACUCGUCACAAUGUCUUAUUGCUUCGUUUUGAGAGUUUUAGUUGCAGAAACUCUAGGUUAAAUUAUAUGAACAAUAAAAAGUGAUCGACCAUCUGUAAAAUGCAUAAGCGACCGCAUCACGGUAGAUAUUCUCAAGCAAAGCCUUUGCUGCUGUGACCCUCACCUGUCGGUUGAUUAGAAAAUGUAAUGAAAUGAAAAUUCAUAAAGCCGCUAAUUAGUCUUUUAUUAGUCUUAUAAAAACAUCAAGGAUGACCGGCUCUUUAUGGAAUCUUGUCCUUGACAUGAUUGUUUAUCACUGAAAGCAGAUUUUUAUUUUUUUUAUUAAGCGUAGUAUUCCAUCUUUAUGUGAAUAUUGAGUAGUUCAUUACUCUCAUCAUCAUGCCACUGUCACGAUCAUACAAAGAGUCUUCAUGGUUCAUGGAAAGUAGAUGUUUUAGGAGGGAAAAUAUGUAUUAAAAUUCCCAACAAUAAAUUAUUAGGAAAGAUAUCAACCUAAUAAAUGUCUCAUUAAAUGAUGAUGUUAAUUGUUAUCAUAAGUUUGAAAGUGGAAAAUAAGCAAAGCAGACUUUCCAUUCUUUAAACUUGAUAAAGUACGAACUUUAAAACUAGCCGUUCCGUUUGAAGACGGUGCUAAUUGAAGGGCUAUAAUAUACUGCAAUGCAAGUCAUAGUUAAAUUAUUUAUUUACACUCCAAACUAUUUUGUUGAUAUUAGUAGAGAAAUGAUACUUGCCUUCUACUCUGUUUUGUUUCUUUAUAGAUUUUAAAUAUUUAUUUCUUUUCCAAUGAGUCUUGAGUGUGGCUUCAUUGUGGGCAUUAGUGUUAAGUUGCAAAUAUGCAAAGAUCUCCAAAUUUAGUCGAACAAGUCAUGACAUUUUCUCAAGUGAAAUUUAAUUUGGAUAUACAUAUUUUUAAGAUGAAGUACAUACUUGAAUGUUUUAUUAUUGCAUUAUUCCUUAUUCAAAAUAAAAAAAAAAAACAAUAUUAGUCAGUUUUCAUAGAAAAUAAUAAAUGUAUUUUGUCGAUAUUUUUUUUUUUCUAUAUAAAUCUAUUUUUGUGUUUAAAUCUCAAGAGACGUUACAAUGAUAUGACCAUAACCAGUUUCAAUGUCGACAAAAGAACUCAUAAAAAUUGUUCAGUGUACUCACUCUUAUAAUAAUAACAGUAUUAUAAUGUUCGAUUUUAGAUUUCGAUAAUUAUUACUUGUGGUUAACGCGAAUGAUCUUUUUACUCACCUCAAUUCACCAACCGUGUUAGUAUAAGUUAACAGGAUAAUGCGAUUAACAUAGUUCCAUGUAUUUUGAGUGUCUUUAUCAAUCACCCUCACGAUGCAUGAUCGAGUUUCAAUAAUUCAUGUAAGUAGCAUUUAAUACAUGUUUACUUAAAAUUAAGCUUUUGAAUUUAUGUGUGUAUGUUAGGGAAUCAAAAGGGUCGACCUGUCUCUGAGCGUUCCUCGAGGAAGUUCAUGCUAUGAGCGAGAAAGAGAGAGAAAUGUAAGUGAACAUAAAAGAAUGACUGGAUGCAUUCAUACAAAGCUUGGUCGACCCAGAAAAGCUCAAUCUGUUGUUUUUAUAGUUAAAAAAGGUGUAAAGCCGUUAUCUCAUUGUCACGUAUGGAAUAUGCUGUGAAAAUAUACUUAACAAUACUUCAUUGGAAUAUUUUUUUAAAUUUAAUAUUAUGUGUACGCUGCAAUGGCGUAACGGCUACAAAUAUUUUGAAUACCACAAGCCUAUAAACGAAGUUAUCUAACUAGACGGUUACCCAAUAAACAUUGAUAGCUUGAGUCUAUCAGAAAAAGAUUAUUAGCAACGCAAUCAAAAGAUAAUUAAUAAUACUCGCAGUCUAGUUAGAAUAGUUUGUUUAGAUUGUUAGUUAAAUUGAUUUGACUGAAAAGUUCAAAUUUGUGUGAUGCGCUUUAGGUAAGAAUGCUUCUGUACUGAGUAAUGUUAGGUUAUGCAUUAGAACGUUGACGGAAGAUAAAUUGAUGGGGCAUAUUUAACAGUACACCUAGUAAGCAUUGAUCGCUGAACCAAAAUCUCGUUACAUAAUUACUUUGUAAUACAUGAUUAUAAAUGAUUUUAUUUAAGUCAUAGUUCCGCCUAAUAAAGAUUUAUGUUUAACUUUUAAAAGUUAUUACAAGCAAUUACUGAAAUUAGUUUAAAUGAUUUUGCCGCUAGGGGUACUGGAAUAAUGUAUGUUUGUAUUACGUGUUUCGUGUCUCUUCUUGGUACAACAAAUCUGCUCUUUGUGAAUGGGAAAUUAUAUUUUUGAUUCUGUAUAAUGAUUGGUGAUGUUAUGGUUCUAUGAACGUAAUUAAUUAAAUCGAAAUAAAACGUGUAAUUCAUUAUAAUCAUGUUUCAUUGCAUAUACAAUACAAAGCUAUUUAAUUGCCCCACAGAAAACAAAACAUUAACGAAGCGACAAACCACUUUGAUCGAUAAACUUUUCUUAUAUAAAGUAGCCGAAUCGUCUCAUAAAACCUCUCCUUUUGAUGUUGCCUUUCGAAAGUCGAAAGAGUAA